AUGGCUACCGCGUCCAAUCAGCGCCGGAUCACGAGAAGCCAAAGUCGCGAUAUUGAUAAUGAUCUACCAGGCAAAUCUGCCAUGAGCACUGGGGUGUCUUCUGGGCGAAAUAUUCUAAGUCCCUUCCCAGAAGAGCACAUGGCAAGCUCUCCUCGAAAUCCUACCCCCAAUCGCCGGGAAAUUAUACCCGAGUCGCCGGAGAACCAUGAAGGUCACACUAAUGUCUCUGGUACAACAUUGGGACACAAUGAUGUGGACACAAAUAAUGUUGGUCUUGCGGAGGAGAUCGCAACCAAGCUACCUCACGUUCAACAAGAAGCGAACAAUGUCUUGGGAUUGAUAAUUCCCCAGCAUUUGAUGCCUAGCAUUCUUGCAGAGGAGGCUAAAAGGCUCCUUGAUGUCAAGAAUCCCAAUCGCAAGCGAUUCAGGCGUUACGUCGAAGGCAUGAGAGACGAAUUGAGUGACUUGACUCUUGUACGUCAAGACAUGACGUUCCUCGAGAUAUCCGAGUUCCGCCACCGUCUUUCAUCUGCUCAGUUUGAAACAUCUCUUCCGAGUUUGCAUCUGGCCAACUGUGCCCUGUUGGCCCUGAACAUGUUCCUUCCCACCUUAGGUACCGACGACAAGCCUGAAGUCAUUCAAGAGCUGGAUAUCAAAUUCCCUGCAUGCUUCAUAGAGAGAAUCGCGGACGCAACCACUGUCGGUACAAUUGGAGCAACUGAACUUCACCAGGAGACAUUCGACCUUGCUCUCAGCAUUCGAACUCAAUUCUUCAUUAUGGAGGUGGAGAGGCGUCGUGAACUCAGAAACUUUGAUCCUAUCGCCAUCUUGCGACAGAUCUUCUGCAUGGAUCUUAUUCCUGGGGUAGAAGACAACCAAGAAUCACCGACCACCUUCAGGGGCUUCAACUUGCCUGGCGUCUUGCAAGAUGAGGAUGGGCAUCUUCCCGAGACCCUGCCUGAAAAAUUCCAACAAGCUGUUUAUGAAAGAUUCAGUGAUCUUCGCGACGAAAUCUACGAUGAUGGUGUUGACAGCCUGAAGAAGCUCUACAAAUUGCGCUUCUUUGAGCGAGAGCUUGCACGCUGGAUCCAAGGACGCGACAGGGAGAUCAAGAAUGACCUCAAGCGUAUCUCAGAUGACCAAGCCGCAAGAGGGUCUUCACGUCGCUUGGUUUCAGCUUCAGUCGGUCCAACUAGCCUGCGCCAAGUUUCGGUGUUCUCUACACCACAGAAACCUCGUCUCCUAGAGCCGCCUCCUCAGCAAACUCCCCAGCAGUCCCGGUCGCCCCAGAAUGUACCCACCGUGGAACUGGCUCCGGUUGUUGCUCACCAGCCCGAGAUUCGAGUUUCCCAGUCCAAGGUCCCAUCUCAGCCUUCGCCACAAGUUGUCCGCACUCAGGAGCAAGCUGCUAGAAUGGAAUCGCCCCUGUUUGUCGACCAGCAUUCUGAGGCCCAGGCCCCCCAACCUCGGACCACGCCUCAAAAGCCUUCUACACCAGUUGUCCACCCCCAGACGCAGCCUAAUACAACGGAACCCGAAAGACGGAAAUCAAAGAGCCAUUAUCGAAACUCGAUUGCCAUGGCAGCUCUCAAAAGCCGCAUGGAUCACAGCCGUCAACAAGACGAAGCAGCUCUUGAAUCGCAGGCACCCAAUCGCUUUUCGAAUGAAGCAACCGGGGACCUGAGGGAUCCUCCUGGGCCGUUCACCCUUGACCAAGAAACCCCGGAGCGGGAGAUUCAGCAAUCCCCCAACGUCACAUACCCCAACAUCGCAGAUGAUACCACCUUGCACCACAACGACGAAGAUUUAGAUAUCAGUCGCGAAAGUGAGAGUGGAUUCAUGGCCUCUACGAGCCCCUCAGCCUCUGCUAGAAUCAACCGGGUCAGCCACAACCCAGGCCGGUAUUUCGACUCGCCGGAAAACGAAAGCACACAGCGGUCGGCUACACAGCGGCCCCCUGCUAGAAAAGCUUUCCCUGCCGGCCCUCGUUUCAUUGAUGCCCAGGACAGCCGUGCCCAAGUGUCGCCAAUUAGCUCCAUCUAUGAACAAAGUGCAGAGAAACAACGGGCUGAACGUCCUGUGCCGAAAGAUGUCAACCCGAAGAAGCGUGGCAGACGCCCAUCCUACUCGAGUGACAUCUCCGACGACGAGGCGUUCGAAGACAACGACCGCGAUGUUGACCUCAGGGCCGAGAAGCCGAAACAAAAUCUCCCGGCUGUGAAAAAACAGCGCACUGAAGCCGAGACUGUGUCCACUAGCGCAGCCAAACAGCUCCAGUCGAGUUUGACUCGGUCUACCCAGGUCCAAGCUGAAGCAGCUUCACCGAAUGCAAGCCAGGUCAGCAGCACCGCUGAACCGAUCAUCAGGGCAUCGCGAUGGGAAGCUCAGCUUAACCGGCGCGCAGCAAGCCUGCCUUCUCGCAAGGCCAAUCGAAAGUGGUCCGAGGAAGAGGACACGCGCCUGAUCAAGUUAAUGGCGCUGUUCGGCACUUCUUUCUCGAAAAUCGAGAAAGAAGACAGCGUCUGCCCUGCCAGGGAUGGCGGGCCGAAGCUGCAAGGCCGUAGCCAGGUGAACCUGAAAGACCGCGCGCGCAACUUGCGGCGCAAAUACGAACGGGAAGGGAAGGAACUCCCACAAGGCUUGGAGUACGCCUCCAAGUAG